UGAAGAUGUAAUACGCACGUAAUCUAAACGCACGCGCAUAUUGUGGCACAAAUUGGCAAUAUUUAAUUAAUUAAAUAUUUAUGAAUAUAAAGCUGAAUCGUUUAUUCAGCAUUUUUCGUGCUAGAGCUGGAAAAAUAUAAUCUGCAUACAAAUUGUUAAAGAAAAGAACGCAAAACGAGUUUGGUAGCGGCAAGAGAACACUUUGAGGGCCACAGCUACAGUUAAGAACGUGGCACAACAGGAGGGCGCGGGCAAGGGUUGGGAAGAUAACAAGAACGACGCCAAGGUAGUUAACGAGUUGACAAGGGAGCCCCUCCGCCCCGCAUUCGCCUGAUCCUACAACAACGUUGCGUGGCAGAAAUGACUUGCAGCAGCAAAUAAGAAUAAACGAGAACGAAAACAGACUAAACAGGUUCUGGUUCAGCGGCUCAGUGGGGGCACCAGCCACUAAGCAGGGGGGGAGGAGCAGACGAGUGUGUGCCCCAACCUGUGCACUAUGCAAAGCAGUUGACGCGACUGCUGAACUGCAACGGCAACUCAGAAGGUAAACCAAGACUUCGGUUGAUGAUCAGAAAAAUGAUGUGGUGGUCAGUGCUGCUGCUCCUGCUGCUCACACAGGAUAAUGCGCAUGCUCGGAGUAGCAGUAGCAGCAGUUCCGCUCCAGAGAUCACAAAUUUCCCUCAAUGUGAGCCCAUCCGAAUCGAGAUGUGCCGCGGUAUUGGCUACAAUGAGACCUCAAUGCCUAAUCUGGUGGGCCAUGAGCUGCAAACGGAUGUGGAGUAUACAUUGCAAACGUUUGCGCCCCUCAUCGAAUACGACUGCAGCUCCCAGCUGAAGUUGUUUUUGUGCACCGCCUAUGUGCCCAUGUGCACACCCAAGGCACCGGUCCACGCCAUCGGACCAUGUCGUAGUCUCUGCGAGUCUGUGCGCAAACUUUGCCAUCCCGUGCUGCAGGGCUUCGGGUUUCCAUGGCCACCGGCGCUGGACUGUGAUCGGUUUCCCAAGGAGAAUAAUCACGAGACCAUGUGCAUGGAGGGAUCUGGUGAAACUCACUCGGCAGUGCCGGAGCACGAGUUAUAUGGGCCGCAUAUGGGCAUUGGUGGACCCAACGGCAAGUUGCCCAAUCAUAUAGGCACGCUGGACUGCUCAGGACUGGCCAAGUCGCAUUUGUAUGUGCGCUUACAUCGCUCCGAUCGCUGUGCGCCGCUCUGUGAGGCGGACAUCCUGUUCACGCCCAGUGAGAAGCAUUUAUCCGAGAUAUGGGUAUCCACGUGGGCCUAUGCAGCGCUGGGUUUGGCCUGCGUAGCCACUCUCUGUCUGGUUUUAUGCGACGAAAGCAAUUCGUGCGCCAAAUGGUCGCGUCUAUUGUCACCGCUGGUCUGGAGCCAUGACAUGGUCACCAUUGGAUGGACCGUGCGCUUCAUAGUCGGACGAACAGGCACUGCCUGUGGUAGCGAUCCGCAGGUGCCAAAUGAGUCGCUGCUCACCGUUGACGGACUCUCGAAUGCCGCCUGUGUGAGCGUCUUUCUGCUUCGCUACUACUUCGGCAUGGCUGCCUGCGCCUGGUGGGCCAUACUCUGCCUGGGCUGGCACCGUGAGAUACGCCGCAGCAGUCCCGACAACAAGGGGCAUAUGGCUCUGGCUGGCAACUAUGCACACUCCCAGGCGGGUGGAGGUCUGGCUGGCAAGCGACAUGUGAAGAGCGCUCAGCAGGAAUUGACGCGCAACAAUUUCGUCUGCUUUGUGGCGUGGGGCUUGCCGGCCUUCCAAACGGCUGCCGUCAUUGUGGCGCGUCUGGUAGAUGCUGAUGAAUUGCUGGGAGCUUGCUUUGUGGGCAAUCAGUCGGACAAGGCACUGCAGAUUUUGGUGGCUACGCCCGUUUUCUGCUAUUGGAUCUUUGGAUCAAUGAAUCUGAUAUCCGGCUAUCUGGUACACUGCCGUAAUAAGGAAAUUAUGCGCACCACCAACUCGCUUAGUCUACAACAGCAGCUGCAGAUGAGCACCAACAAUAGCUCCGGCAUUGGCAUAUUUCUUUUCAUUUAUGGCGCUGCAACAGCUUUGCUGCUGCUCGGCGUUAUUUAUGAGUUCGCGAACAUCGAUGUGUGGUUGGCUGCCGGCGAGAUCAGCACUCCGAUGUGGCCCUUCCUUUUGCGGGCAUUCAUGGAGCUAAUGCUGGGCAUUUGCUGCUUUGCGUGGGUGCUGGGCCCCAGCAUAUCGACAAUGUACAAGCGACAGGUUUCGACACGUCCAAUCAAGGACUCGAGUGCUGCUGUGGAGCGUGCCUUGCACCAACACCAUCAUCACCUGCACCAUCAUCAGCCUCAGCCACACGAUGCGCAGAGCAGCUCGCGCAGCUCCCAUGCGGCCUGCAACAGCACUGUCGUCUCCUACCAGACAAUGCGGCCGUCCCAUCAGUCAUUGGGUAUGCCUCUACCCAGUCCUUAUAAGCACAAGGGUGCUGGUUCGAUUUCCCUAAAUCAGAUGUCCAACUAUUCGCUGGGACGGAGCACGAAUGCCACAGCCAGCAAUCAUCGCGGUGGCAACGCAGCCUCCUCGUCCCAUCGUCUGUAUUACCCACCCGGCGGAUAUGUCGCCCAAAAGCAUGCCAACUACUAUCCACAAAUGACGAGAUAUGGCAACGAGACUCUAUUGUGAGGCUAAAAGAGUCGAGGUCAGGUAACUAAUCAUUCAUAACCAGUUCCAAGGGUCCCAAAAAGAGCAAACAAUAGCGCAUUAUAGGCUGAAUUGUGUUAUUGAAAUGGUAAAGCCACAUAACAAAUCCAUGAUAAAUCGGACCAAUUUGCUGAAUUUUGUUUUAGAGAAAUGUACAUUCAGACUUUUUAGGUUUCCCAUGAGCUCACCGUUAACAGAACAAUAAUAUCCCUAUAUAGAGAAAUGAACUGUACAAUAUAAAGAUAGCUCAAAUGUAUUAUUUACUAUUAAUCGUCCGCAGUUCAUUGUCGCUGUUUAGUUAAUGGUUCUUGCCAGCAUUACUAAGUGUGUUUUUUCUUAACCCUAUUUGAACCAAAUUUAGGCAGUUUUCGUAUAAUCCGACAAAUAUUAAAGUCCUAGAUAAUAGCGCAGGAAAAGAAUGAGGAUAAUAAAAAUUAACAGAGAACUGACUUUGUAUUUAAAAUAUUAAUAAGUACAUAUCUUGAACGGAUAAACUAAAUAUUUACUAUAGACUUGUCUUCAGAUAGGCUUUUUGGCCCCCUGUACAUACAGACAACUUAACAAACAAAAAACAUCAAUAACAAUUGAUGGUUUAAAGCAGCUAUGUUCUAUAAAAUACACCUUACCUUAUUCUAUCGAGAAUAUAGUUCAAUGGUUCUCCAAUUUCAACUAAAGUCCACUGCACACUGAGGUUCUGCUUUCCAACUUUCAAAUACCAUCAAUUAACUCCAAUACCCACUAUGAUACUGCUCUUCCACCUUUGAAAUAUGAUCGGAAUAAGAAACAUAUAUAAAUAGCUUUUCAAUUUUGAUUAAAUCUAAUACCCUCUCUUUAUGCAGAUAAUCGGAACGAGACUAACUAAAAUUACAUAGCUGAACAUUUUUCGAGUACUCUUUUUUUCUAUUUUCUCACGUCUGACCUCUUCUGAUUUAUUUGGAGUGUUAAGAUUGCAUUGCCUUCAUAUAUAGUAUUUAGCUCAAUUGAACAAUAUAUUUUUGAAUAAGGCUCAACAGCUUUUCUACUUCCUCUUCAGUUACGUGAACUUGAAUUCAAAUUCUUUUCCAGCGAUAAAUUGAUAAUCAAUUAUGAAAGUUUCAAAAAGAUUAUCAGGUCUGUUUCCGUUUUCGAUUUCGUUCAAAUUUAUUCAAAGCGAUUCAAAAUUGUACAAUAUGAAAUGUUUUUUGCACAAGUUUUAAGACCAAAUUGUAUGCCUCAGAUUAAUUUGAUAGUUACUAAAAAAAAAAUAUGACCGAAUUCUGAAACGGAACAGACCACUAGACGCUAGAAACUCUUUUUUUACGUGCCUAAUUACAAUUUAAUAACGGAAUUGAAUAAUUUUUAUACGCAUUUCUUGAACUAUAUACUUGUAGUUUUUAAAUAAGUAAUCGAUAUAAAUAUUGCUCCAUUGAGAAAUUACCUUCAAAAAAGAUUUACAAAUUUAAGAGUAUUGCGUGCGUUUUGCUUUUAAGCAUACAUCAGUGUAGGUUAAUGUAUGCUUUUACAUAAUACUUGUUUGUACUUAAUUAAAAUUCCCACUCUAAAUUGCAAUAAUUUCGCCCCAAAACUGCUGCCGGCUACCAAAGUACAAUAAUGUCAUUGCUUGCCCCAAACGAGUUUUUACUUCUUUUUUUUUUUUUAGUAUAUAAACUAUUUUGAUAAACGCAGCGACAAAUACUGUGAUACGUGUCCAUGUUCAAAAAAAAAAAGAAACCAACAAAUGAGAGCACUAUUUGUAAACAGUUCCGCUCUGAAAACCCCAACAAGUGUACUUAAUGAAAUCGCAAUUGUAUUCAAUGUGCCAUUAGCUUAAGAACUUACAAAACUUCCAGUACUUAUUAAUCCUAGAGUAUGUGUACGUGUGUAUCAUUAAUACAUAACAUAUCCGGACAUUGACAUUGGCAUGGGGUAGUACGAAGGAAUAUGAGGGUGGGUGGCUUCGUCGUUAUACUACCACUUACAGUGUUGCCAGUUCUAGAGCGCUAACAAACGUUAGAAAUAGCUAAAAGAGUUAUAAUCCUGGUAAAAAUUUAACUGUUCCGAUACACUAUUUGAAUCCAAUAUCUUCACACAAUUAUCUUGUAAUUUCAAUGACUGCUACAUUAUAUUGUCUAAUAGUCAUGAUAUUGUCUAAUCGGGUCGGUCUUGCUGGGUCAUCAGUGUUUUCUUACCAUGUUUCUUAGUUCUUAAUAUUAAAACAGAAAAUUUAUAAAUGUAAACGACAAAUCCUUCACACAAAAACACGUUCCUAAUUUCUUUACUAUUGUAUGAAGAAGAGAUAAAUUUACCUAAAUUUGAGGCAAAUCGAACUCAAUAAUUUUGAUCAAAUUCGAGAAAGGGAAUAGACCUGAAUAUUACUUACUAUAAAUAAUAUAUAAAAAGUUCAGCCCAAACUACUUUUUAUUCUACGAACCUUCCAUUACUUCGCAAAAAUAAUUAAUUCCGAUAGGCGCAUUUUAACAAUUCCUUCUUUCGCAAAUGCCAUUCGAAAACUGGCGGGAAAAUCGCUAAAUUGGCAACACUGCCUACUUCUGAUGCCCAUG